AUGAUGGCGACAUACUGCAUUCCAAAGGAAAGUUGUAAUACUCACGCAGUCGGCUGGAUUAACGGUAACCAUCCCUCUGAGGUUUACCAAUUGGUGUCGACAGUUGUGUGCUUUCACUGGCACUCAAACUGCUGUAAAUGGUCACGUCCAGUUCGGAUACGAAAUUGCAGAGGAUACUAUAUUUAUGAGUUACAAAAUCCGGGUAGCUGCACUCGUCGUUACUGCGGUGUGAACGACGAAAGUGACGCAUGUCGCGUAUCUGGUGGUUCCUCUAAGUGUCCAUGUCAAAAUGGUUAUGAAGGAGAUCCGUGCAGGGAUCUGGACGAAUGUGCGAGCGGAGACCAUGACUGCCAUAAAUAUGGUGUUUGUCAUAACGAGAUUGGAUCCUAUACUUGUCACUGUCAGUUUGGAUAUGUAGGAAAUGGAACAUGGUGUGAAGCUUGUCCAGAACAUUCUCUAUGGAUCCAGACAUCACUUAACGUUCAUGAUUGCUGGUGUAAAUACUUUUACCCAGGAGAUCCAGAAGUUGAUCCAUGCCGAAGACAAACAGAAAGCGAUCUGAGAAAUAUCGAUAAUUCAAUAGAGGUUUCAAUUCAUGGUAUUAAUACACAACCAAGCAGCCCAAUGAAGUUUAGACGAGAUCAAACAAGAACACUGGUUGCAUCUUUAAAGAUGGAGAACUUUCUUGCGCAACAGGGCUCGUUCUCCUGGAAAAUAAGCCAACUGUCGCUGUCACCUUUUAAUAUUUCUGAUCAACCAGAGCUGCUCGUGCCCGACACUCUCGAGCUGAACAUACGGCCAAACUUGCUGUCGACAGGGCUUAAACUUGUAACAUUUGAGCUGCGAGGAAUAUCUGGAACUAAGCUGACAGCUCGAGACUUUGCUUUCAUCGAAGUCCUUAAUUCGGCACUGAAAGUUUCCAUUGCCGGAGGAACUGAAGUUUUUCGAUCCAUAGAUAAACCAAUUUUAUUGGAUGCCAGUGCUUCGUAUGACACUAGCCCUAGUGCUGGCAGUUCCUCAGGAGUGAACUAUGAUUGGACUUGCUUAACAAUAACGCAAUCCAACGUUUCCAGAAAUUAUACUCCAGUGCCUGACGCCACCUUUCGAGGCUCAGAUGGCAUAUCCAACACACUUGUCGAUGCGGCUGCAAAUGGAACCCUCUUUCAGCUGCCAGACAAUGUCUUUCUUCAGGGCAAGGGAGAAGCCAUAGUGACCUUAGAUACCAAAAGACUCGUCAGUAAUCAAGCAUACUAUAUGGUUCUGACGGCAACCAAGGAUAUCCGCGAAGCAAGUGACAUACAGAUUAUUCAUGUUGGCGACGAAGAUGUACUCGACAUUCGUAUUUUGUGCACUAUGGACUGUGACUCACCAGCCAGUGCAUCAUCUCGCAUCUCCCUAAGAACCGACUGCAAUUCAAUUCGUUGUCCUGUGUCCCUCAAGUAUAAAUGGAGCCUGCUGAAAAAGGAUGGAAACAGUUCUCAUCCCCAAUGGUCUACACAGAUAAACUUUAAAAAUCUCCUGGGUACAAAAGUGGAUUCGAAAAACCUUGUAAUUAAGGAGCAAAUGCUUGAGCCCGGAUCCUCCUACAAAAUCAAGGUCGACGUUCUAUCUGCAAACGGAUCAUUUGGCUGGGCUGUAUACCAAUUUGACACAGUUGCAAGUCCAUCAGGAGGAACAUGCCAUGGUGUGCAGUUGGAUAGGAAAGAUGUAGGAUCUUGGCUAAACAUUACCUGUCAAGGCUGGAGAGACGAACACAUGCCACUCAGCUACGAAUUCUUCCGGGAAUUGGAAGAUGGAGAACUCGACAUGCUUUCCUCUGGAGUUUGGCCACAUAGUGUUGUUUACAUUCCACCUGUGGAAGAAAAUGUGGUUCGUUUUAAAGUUGCAGUUGUAAAUGUUUUGGGAGCAGCAGAUACAACAGGAUUUUCUUUCAAGUUGAAUCAAUCAUACUUGUUGACGGCAGAAGAAGUGAACCACAAUCAGCUGGAGGAAAAAAUUGCAAAAAUGGACUCUUAUUUUAAAAUGAAACAAACAAAUAUGGCAGUGCAAGAGGCAGGCACCCUUAUUUUCUUACUCAAAAUGGUCGCGAAGGAAGAUCACGAAAGAGCAUAUCUCCUGCAAAAAAAGAAUUACGUUAUUUCUAAGAUCUGUGAAGUUCCGACUGAUAAACUGGAGUGGUUACUCCAGGUUACUUCUGUCUUAAAGAAAGCCACAAUGGGUGACGCUCUUAUCUGGAAAAAUACAACGUUCACUGUUCUGGAUAAGUUCAAGGAGAUGUCCAACUGGCUUUCACUGAAAAAUGUGCACGAACGUAGUUCUGAAACCCGUCUUCUUCUCGAGGGAGCAAGAUUGCUAUUGCAUUGCACCACAAAUAUUAUGGAUUCCAACUCCAGACGACUCCUCAUGGGUAGUUUGUCAGGCAACUUUGAUAAAGGGGAAGAGAUAACCAUGGGAAAGACAAUUUUGGCCCGUUGCCAGGAGCUGACAGAAAUGACAACCAACAUACUGCUAUCGUUAAAGUUGCCUGGAGAAGAAUACAGCACCAUUCGCAAUGGACUUCAAUCGACGAUGCUCGGCAAGCAUGAAUCAAAUGACUUGAGCCUUUUAGAAAUCAGCGAUGGAAAAACCAAUUUUGUAAUCCCAUAUCUGGAUAGCAGGGCAUUGAAAAGUUGGGUCGGCGACACCUCCGAGGUCGGGGUAGAGAUGGUGAGCUAUAAUUUUAACCCAUAUGUGACGGACAAUAGCAGCAGCAGAAUAAGAUCAAACGUUGUCAGCCUUGCCCUAAAGGACGGCACUGGGAGAGCUCUCAACACAGCUGACCUUCCCUCGAACAUAGAAAUUGACAUUCCAAUAACAAAUUAUGAUCCCGUGAACAGCACUCGAUCGGAUCAUUUUCUGAAUCCUGGCAGGUUGCAAUAUCAUGUGAUAACCGUUGGUGAGGUCAACACCACCGUAAAAUUGACCAUUACAACUAAAGCAACAGCUUCUAUUACUGUCUAUGUAAAAUUCGCUGAAAAGCCAACAGAGAUUUCCUACGACGAGGUGAUUCACUUAUCCAAGGAGAAAACAUCUAUUAACCCCGAUUGCGAAUUACGAGAGAAUUGCUCUUAUACUAUCGUCGUAAAGAGUAAAUAUGCAGGUAAAUAUUACGUUGGCUUAUUGGGGAACAGUGAAUCUCGAAAAGAAUUGCCUCCGUCAAGAGGUAGAAGAUCAAUACUUCCAGAGCGAGCGAUGCAAGAGAAGUGCGUCAAGUUCAAGGAUCCUCCUCCGACGGUUGCUCCUCAAGUAGAGUAUGUCAUUCUUGUUCCUCAGUACGACUCUGAUAAGUCAGUUAACUACAGUUUACAAGUUGAGACAAUAUGGUGUGCAUUUUGGUCUGAUGCUGAACAAAGAUGGACAAAUGAAGGAUGCAAGGUUAGCCGAGAAUCAAACCAUUCAUCUCUGAAAUGUCUCUGCAAUCACUUGACUGCAUUUGGGGGAGACAUUCUUGUUGCACCAAAUACCAUUGACUUUCAACUGGUCCAGCAGGCAUUUGACAACGUGGACCCUGAUGACCUUCUCGUCUUGAUAACACUGUGUUCUACCUUUCUGGUUUACUUUCUUGUUUUGGUAAAAGCACGCAGGGCUGACAAAGUGGAUGCCACAAAGGACAGUCCUCUUCUGCCCUUGGUAGGGCAUCAUAAGGGUGAAUAUGUGUACGAGGUGUCCAUAACAACUGGCAGAUGGAAAAGUUGUGGUACUACUGCCAAUGUAUCCAUGACCCUUCACGGGACUGAAAAUACCAGUGACGUUAUCAAAUUGACAUGCGACAUCCCAUGUGACAGGAGGCUAUUUGCUCAAGGGAACACUGAUAAUUUCCUUCUUCGACAAGAUAUGCCGCUAGGCGAGAUAAAUUUUGUGCAGAUUGGUCAUGACCUUUCUGGAGAGGACCCAUCUUGGUUUAUCAGCGAGAUUGUAGCUUUAGAUUGUCAAACGGGACAGCAAUGGCUAUUCAGUUGUCAUCGCUGGCUUGCACUAGAAAGAGAUGACGGUGAAACCACAAGGAGAUUUUAUGCAGAUGAUUUCAAAACAGAUGAUAAAUUUAAGAGAAAAUUUAGGACAUUACGAAGAAAUGGUUUCGCUGACGAUCACUUGUGGUUGUCAGUGUUUUGGAAGCAGCCAAGAGAUCAUUUCACUCGUGUUCAGCGAGCAUCCUGUUGUUGGAGUCUCCUCUUGUUGUCAAUGCUAACAUCCGCCAUGUUUUAUGAAACAGAGAAUUUAUCACAGAGGGGAAUACAGAUUGGGCCUUUUUCAAUGACUCCUAGUCAGUUCUUAAUCGCUUUGGAAAGUGCCUUGAUUGUUUUUCCAGCAAGUCUGCUAGUUGUGCUUCUGUUUCGUAAAAGCAAACCAAAGAUAAACACUCAAGGAAGGAGGUAUAACUACGUGAAAAGUGAGGGAAAAGUAUUGUGUACUCUCCCUCAUUUUUGUGUUUACAUUGCAUGGUUUCUUUGUGUAAGUACUGCAAUCGCUUCUGCCCUUUUCACAGUGUUUUACUCUCUUAUGUGGGGAGGAGAGAAGUCGGCUCGUUGGUUAAAAUCCGUGGUGCUUUCGCUGUCUGCAGACGUUAUAAUCUCACAACCCAUCAAGAUACUUAUCGUAUCCGUCAUUGUAGCUUCAGGGUGUGGAUAUGGUAGGAGGAUAAGAAAGGAAACAGACUCAAUAAACGAACACAAUGGGGAACAGCUAGCUAGUGUUGUAGAUCUUUCAUCCAUGGAUGUUGAAAGCGCAAGAAAGUAUAAGAAAAAUGAGAGGAAAAUGUACGCGUAUUUUAAGGAACUCUUGUUUUCAAUGACAUUCUUUGCACUUUUAUCGACUGUCAGCUAUGGAGACAAAAAUGAUCACAGAUACAAACUAAAUACGGCCACAGAGCACAGCUUCCAGUUUUCUCAAAAUAUGGGACGCUAUGAGAUUACCGAUGCCACUCAGUUUUGGGAAUGGAUCGAAAACAUUUUUUUGCCGGCAGCUUUUGUUGACGAUUGGUACAAUGGACAUGAAGAAAGAGUUUCAGAAUACAUUGGAAAUAAGCGAUCAAUUCUGGUCGGUAUGCCUCGUCUGCGGCAGCUAAGAGUCAAGGAAAAUUCUUGUGAAGUUCAAGAAUUGUUUAAAAACAUAGUCACAUCUUGUUUCGACUUCUAUUCCCCCACAAAGGAGGAAAAAGGAAGUUGGAUUGACCUAAGAAAGAUGAAUGGUUCAGUUCUGUGCCCAGAAAAUUGGGAAUAUAAUGCAGACAGAAGGUUUGGCGGCUUUGAUUCUUGGGGUCGUUUUGCUGUUUACAGUGGUGGAGGAUACGUAGCUAAUUUAGGCUACAACAAACUUACAGCUAAAAGGAUUAUCAACGACUUGAAAGAAAACCACUGGGUCGAUCGUCAGACCAGAGCUGUGCUGGUGGAGUUCUCAUUGUAUAAUCCACCAAGUAACCUUCUCGCAGUGAUGACGUACUACUUCGAAGUCCUUCCUUCUGGAUUCGCUGGCACGUUCAAGAGCUAUGGAAUUUUGCCUUUAAGCGCAACGAACUCUUUAGCUCAAAGCACUUAUCUGUUGUUCGUGUUGUUGUUUGGCAUUCUUCUUGUUUGCUUCUUCGUUGUCCAGUGCAUCAAACUCUGCCGCCAAAGGUGUUAUUAUUUCAAGUCGAUGUGGAAUUUGUUGGAUAUGUUGCAGAUACUCACGGCAUCAUCAGCGAUGUUACUGCGGUGGAUGCGGACCAAGGUGGCCACAAAGACUUUCGAACAGUUGAAAGAAAACCCUUACCUUCCAGUCAGCUUCCAUCGUGUCUUACUUUUGUUCGAGUUUGAAGAGGUGGCUAUUUGUGUAACUACCGUAAUUGCUACACUACGUCUUCUGAAAUGCUUCUAUUUCAAUCCAAAAAUAAUUGUUUUUACAUUGACACUUCGUAGAUUGUUAAAACCUAUAGCUUCCUUUUUCAUGGUGUUUUUGAUAACAGCAAUGGCCCAUGCACUAUUAGGGUUCACAGCCUUUGGGUCCAGUGUGGAUAUGUUCGCCCAAGUGCAUGACGGUAUUUCCUUUCAGUUUCUAAUGCUUUUGGGACAACCAUUCCCAGUGGAUAAGCUAAAGGAAACAAAUCCCAUCAUAGGCAGCCUUUUCUUUUUCACUUUCUUCUGCAGUACCAGCGUAAUUAUUUUGAACAUGUUUCUCGCCGUAAUAAAUGAAUAUUAUACGACCUCGAACGCUGACAGAGAAGGAGAAGACUAUGAGCUUGCGCAAUUUAUUAUUAAAAGAAUCCUGGAGACUGUAUUGGGACAGAAAUCUGAAAGAAACCAGAACUGGAGGAACCAUGAACUUUUCGAGCCAGAUUCUUCGCUAGCGGAAAGUUCCCCUGAUGGAGUUCAAAAUGACGCCUUUUCACUUGAGUGGACACCAGUCAUGUAUCGGAGCUGCACACAGAAAAUAUCCAGGACGGGAAGAUCCCCAGUAGGAAAUAGUGGGGACUUCAUAGAGUGUUCAGUAUGGGAAACAUACAGACCAGAACAUUUGUUGAUUUUCAUGUCUUUGCUGACGACGAAAUGGACUUUUCUCGUUCUAAUGUUAGGAACUGGAGCUGCGUCGGAUGAAUGCACCUCUUACAACAACAUAACUGACAAAACCCGGUCUGUGUCCUAUGGAAAAGACGGUACAAAUGCACUCUGUGACCAAGGGAUUCUUACUUCGGAAAGCUGGGUUCGCUUUACUGGCAGCGGAGGAACAGCCAUUCCUAACAACCCGCCACAGGCAUACCAUUGUGGAACAAAUUCUCCAGGUUGGAUCCGCGGUGCCCAUCCUGCUGUUGCUGAAGGGGCUGUGCAACGACAACUUUGCUAUCGUCAUGACGACCAAAUCCUCGACGAAUGCUUUUAUCACCCUGUUGGUGUUCCCAGUCCCUGCGUCAUCCCUGACAAUCAGAUGACAGCUUCAUCUCAUUAUGGAGACGAAAAACACUCUGCGAAGUAUGGACGACUUUUUGAUAAGUCAGGUUAUGGUUGGUUUCCAAAGAACAAUAGAAAAAAAGACUGGCUUCAGGUUGAUCUUGGUAAAGAGUUUCAAGUGUGUGGUGUUGCUACCCAGGGAGGCAAUUACCAUAAAGAAUGGACGACAGCUUUCAAGCUUCUUUACUACUCUAGCGAUGAAAAUAAUUUGAAAACUUACCAGAAUGGAAAUGGCGAGGACAUGGAAUUUGACAGAUUCGGUAAAAAUCACGGUGUAGACCGACAUAAGCUGUCAAGACCAGUAGUUGCAAGAUACAUUCGCUUCCAUCCAACAAAGAAUGAUGAGUGGGACAGUCUGAGAGUGGAGGUGUAUGGCACCAAACAAGGCGAGUUAUUAACCUAG